CAAAGACCUUGGGUUCGCAAUGACAGCGCCUUUAGAGCAUAUGUUCCGUCUAGGACGGCCAAAAUUCCUCAUGUACAGUAAUGUUAUAUACACAGUGGGCGUGGCAGCCGCCUACAAGAGCAACCCAACCUUGCCUUUCAAUCUUGGCUCCUACAUCUGGGUUUGUCUCAUGGUUCAUGCCGUCCAUGCGAUGACUCAUUAUUUUAACGAAUAUUACGAUUUCGAAGCUGACUGUGCCAACAAGAACCCAAGCCCCUGGACUGGAGGUUCGCGAGUAUUGGUGGAAGGAAAAUUGAAACCAAAAGUGGCGUUAUUGAUUGGAAGAUUAAUCUCUCUGAUAGUGUUAUCAAACGCGGUCAUUUAUUAUGGAAUCACUGGAAAUGUCCCAGCAACUAUGACUAUAGUCCUGUGUGUUAUUUUUGGACAUGGUUAUAGUGCCUGGCCUCUCAGCACGUCGCGUAGAGGACUGGGCGAGGUGAGCAUUUGUCUUGUUCUGAAUAUUCUUGUACCAUUGGUGGGUUAUCAGUCACAUGACCCAAGUUCACCAUUUGGUAACAGUUUGUUGUGGCCAAUAUUACUUCCAUUAUUACCAAUACAAUUUGUCCGAGUGAUGAUCAUGAACAUGGCUGACGUGGAACCUGAUAAAAUCACUGGUAAGCAUUCGCCAAAUGUUUAGUCCUUUAAUAGUUCUUUAAAAAUUUUAAUGUACGUGUAUUUGUUUCAUUAACAAAUUCCUGAGUUUCCUUUAAGCAUACCACUAGCUAUCACCUUUGUUCUAUCGCCAAAGAACUUUUUACCAUAUGUAUACACGAGUUAAGACCAGUUAACGUCCGAGACCAGGACGUCUUAUACAUAUAAGCGUUGCUAACCUCCGCAGAUUAGGGGCCUAACCAUAAACCUCUAGAGAUGCCUGUGGAGGAGGCUAAAAAGUUAAUAAUAUAUAGUUAGUCUUCCUCUCUUGUUUGUUUGCGAUGUCUAACCUUUUGAUGUUCUCUAGGAAAACUAACACUGGUCGCACGGCUGGGAAUGCAGUUGUCGUGCAUAAUUCACGGUAUUGGCAUGGUGUUUGCUUAUAUCUUACAUAUAUGGUUGUUUGUUUACGGAUAUCUUUCUACAACGACAUUUCUUCUCAUGCUUAUACCUGCUCCGAUUGGAUUACAACAGGUACUGUUUUAGGACACUUUGCGCACCAAUUGAUUUUUCCUUUGUUCACAUGAAAAGUGGUGAUAGGGGAUUCUGAUAAUCCUCACUUGCAUCAGUGAGAGCGGAAUGGAUGUUUUCGAUGACUGAGCCGGUUCUAGCAUAUAUUUCGGCCAAAAGACCAAUCUACAAAAUACAUAACACAAUGAGCAGCAUAGCAAAACAAAGUCUAUAUUAAAUUAGGUAAUAACAACAUAGGUGUUUAAGAACUUUCAACAAUAUGUCGUUCUUAUAUUUUGACAGCUUGUUCAACCAUACAUGUAUUACAACACAAUUCGGAAAAUGUAACUUACCAAAAUCGCCCUAAAAAGUCCUGGGACGAGGUUGUGAAGCUAUCUUGGGAGAUGGGAAUAUCUACUGUGUCAUCAUCUAUUAUUAUUGAUUGGGAGUAUUUAUUGCGCAUCUCAAACGUGUGAGAGAUUCGAACACUUUAUACUGUAGGGCUGUCACCAUAAGAUCCACGCCUGAUCACAAAGCACAGGUAAGGUGGAAGGAUUAGUUUUUGAGAAGAAAAACUGCCUCAAAUCACAGGAAUGUAUAACCGGUGAUAGUAACUAACAUUGAUUAUUUUCUGUAUAGAUCCCUAAUGUGUUCAUCCGCCCAUGGAAAUUUGAAAAUCCAUUCUGGAGCAGUCAACAUAACAUACUGUCCAUGGCCAUGGCACUUGCGGGUAUCUUACUUUCUGGAGGAAGACCACUGAGUGGAACAUCGUGGGCUCUUAUUUUCCCUCUUGUUUUGAUCUCUAUUUCUGUACCAGUCCUUUUCAAGAAGAUCGUAGACGCGGCCAAGGCUCACGAGUCUUUCAAUAAGAGACAAUAGACCAUUUAAACCAUGCAUCAGUGUUGUUAUAAAUAUUGUAUCUUUUAAUUAUAUUAUAAGCUUUUUCGUAAUCUUUUUAUUGGAAAGAAUAAAAGAAAAACUCAGAGAUCCCAAGGAUAGUGCAAAGUUGAUAUGACAAAUGAUAAAGAUUUAUUUUGAUUCGCAUGAUGUAUAAAAUAGCUCCAUGCAUGGCACACUGUUAAAGGUCACUACAUUAAAGGUGGAAAUUUUUCUUUAAAUUAGAGAAAAAUGUAUAAUUUUAUUAGAAAAUUACAAAUACACGAAAUUUCCUGGGUGUUCAUUAAUUCGCACAGUAUAAUAUUACAAUUUCUACUAGUUGUUUCAUCGAGGUCGAGUCUUGAGGAAUCAUAAACUGCUAUUGUUUGUCAAGACGUCAGAACGUUACUUUUCAUUAGAAGAUUGAUGCAUCUAUAAAGAAGUUGUUUGGCGAUUGUUUUAAUAUAUUACAAGCGACGACAGUACAAUUUCGUUUCCGUUUUCGUUUACAAUUGACUGAAUGUGAUAUUAAACCAUGACCCUGAAAUUACAAAAAAUAGAAAAUUACAAAAAGGUACAGUGUAAUUGAAUGGUUGAAUUCCAGAGAUGAAAC